CCAUGGACCCGGGAGGAGCCGGACGCCGCGAGGCCACGCCGCCGCUACCACCGCCGUUCGCGCUCGUCGCACCCUCGCUCUUGCUCGGGAGCGCGCGAGCCGCGGUCGCAACGCAGUUGCUGGAGCGUGCGGGCGUCACGCUGUGCGUCAACGUCUCCCGCCAGCAGCCCGGCCCGCGCGCCCCCGACGUGGCCGAGUUGCGCGUGCCUGUGUUUGACGACCCGGCCGAGGACCUGCUGGUGCAUCUGGAGCCCACGUGCGCCGCCAUUGAGGCAGCGGUGCGCGCCGGCGGCGCCUGCCUAGUCUACUGCAAGAACGGCCGCAGCCGCUCGGCCACCGUCUGUACCGCCUACCUCAUGCGGUACCGCGGCCUCAGCCUCGCGCAGGCUUUCCAGAUGGUGAAGCGUGCCCGCCCGGUAGCCGAACCCAAUCCAGGUUUCUGGUCUCAGCUCCAGAAGUAUGAGGAGGCCCUUCAGGCCCAGUCCUGCCUGCCCGGGGAGCCUUCAGGGACAGCUCUUCCCAGCAGCGGGAACGUUCCGCCUUAG